AUGGACGUGACACGUGAAUUUCAUAUAGUUCGUUCCGAGUUUUCUGCGACCGGAAACUCAUCUGUAGACCGUGAAACCCAAGACCUCGUCAGAGUCACUUGUCGCCAUACGCCGUUUUGUCGAUCUAUCACUUAUUACUCGAGUACCGUGUUUGGCUGCACUGUCGUAUCAGUGGAUCAUCGGUCCUACCAGUCCAAAAUACCACUAAAGUCAGAGACUUCGGGAAUCUUCAGAUCCAAACCUGGGAAAUGUAAUAUCAUACGAUCCUAUGCGGUUUAUCGUCGUCCGGUAAUUCUGAGAAAGAAAACUGUGGUCUCUGACUCAGAAUGCGAUAUCGGCAAAGUCUCCGCUUCAGGAAUUUUCAGAUCUAAACGUGGUCAACGUAUAAUUAAACGAUCACAAAAUCCUAUGUGA